UCAAGACCCCUCCUCCUCCCUUUAUGUAUGUAUGUAUGUAUGUAUGUAUGUAUGUAAAGAAGAGAGAACAAGAAGACGGAUACAUCGACAGAAUACGUAGAUAAACAGACAAGUGAAUAGAGUAAUGAGAAAGGAAAUCGUGAUGAAAAAAUACGUCAACAUAAAAUAACUGUGACGACAACUUCCUUAAAAUGUGAUAAAACUACCAAAGAAAAUAAUAAUAAUAAUAAUAAUAAUAAUAAUAAUAAUAAUAAUAAUAAUAAUAAUAAUAAUAAUAAUAUGGUGGUAUUGUUUCUCCUCAGGGUACAGUACAGAACACGUGAACAUGAUAUGGUAUAAAGAGUGUGGCGUCCCUCAGUGAUCACCUCAAGCUGUUGUCACCAAAGUUCCUCCUCACUGACCCCGUGUGUGUGUGUGUGUCCCGUGAUCACUGGCUCCCACUAAAGACAGAUAAUAAUAUAUGUGGUGUAAAGUGCACCGUCAGCAUGACUUGAUGACGUGACUUGUGCUGACGAAGGGUGUCACCAUGUUAGCCAGAGACACCAUCACCCGCCCGGAGAGUUAAGAGACGUCCUACACCCUCGCUCAUACACCCUCCUGCCUCCUCGUGUGGUGAGGGCUGGUAGGGCAGCCCGUGGGCGUGUGGGCGGUGGCAGGCGGCAUGGUGGGCGUGUACGAGGUGGGCAGGUGGGGGUGGACCGGCCGCUCGGGUGUCGUCGAGAAGAACAACAAGAGACUCAACAUACACGUCAUAUCCGACGGCAUCACCCGGCUGCCCAUCUUGGAAGGGGAAAUCUCACACAUUGAAAUCCCACGGGGUCAUACAGCUCUCGGCAUCACCAUUGUCGGCGGUGCUGACACCCCCUUGCGUUGUGUGGUGGUCCAGGAGGUGUUCCCGGAUGGGUUAGUGGCCCAGGAUGGCCGCCUACAGCCUGGUGACCAGAUCAUUGAGGUGGACGGUGUGGACAUGACCUCGGCCACUCACCAGGUGGUGUGCCAGGCGCUGAGGCGGCCCCAGACUGUGCUCAGGCUCGGGGUGUAUAGGGAGAGGAUCGAGGCGUACCGUGCAGCCUCGCCUCAGUCAUCAAAUGCACCCCCACAUCAUCAAGGAGAGAUGGUGGCGGUAACUUUAUGCAAGGAGAGCAGCAGACAGUUGGGUCUGAAGUUGGGAGGGCGCCGCACCGAGCCUGGCAUCUUCGUCAUGGAGGUGCUGGAGGGCUCUGUGGCUGCUCAGGAUGGCCGCCUCCACUCACACGACCGUAUCCUGGCCAUCAACGGUGCCGACGUGCGUUAUGCCCGCCUUGACCACGCCUCUCGCCUCAUACAGCAGAGUCAUACACAUGUAGGCCUUGUAGUAAGUCGAGGUCCUGCUGUUGCCUUCGUGUCAGGUUCUGACACAGCUGCACACUCUCCUGAAUACACAAGCUUCCCUACACACCACUGGCGCAACAAUUCAGCUGCUGAGAGUGAGUUUCAAGGCUCUACAGACCACAGAAGUGCAAGUGACAGUGGCUGUGGUGCCAUGGAGUAUGGACGAUCUGCUUCCUGUGAUUCUCUGAGUGACCACAGUCUUGUGUCAUCCAUGAUGUCUUCGCCCAGCACCCGUUUGCCUUCUGAGACUGGUGGUGGAGUUGGGUCUCCCUCAAGAGGUGGCUCACCUGCUACUUCCUCUCCUGGGUACUGCACCUCUGACACCGAUGACACAGAAUCCAGUCAUCAUCAUCAUCACCAUCAGCCUCCAGCCCAUCACCAUCGGCACUCGACAUCCAUUGAUACGCACCAUUACAAUCACCAACUACCGGUUGAUGCUACUCAUGACCAGGGCCUUCAUGAGCAACAUCCACCACCAAUAGAUCACAAUCUUCUUCACAAUUCCACCUCAUUGCCCGCCACACCACGAGGUGCCCGCUCACCCGAUGAUUCUCACGAUAUUGUGGCGGGACUCAAGCGUUUAAUUCACUCAGAAAAUAAUCAACUUCAUCAAAAGAAUGUUACUAUUAAAAAGAGUGUAAGGGAAAGCCUGGGGAUGAGGAUUGGUGGGGGUGUCACCAGCAAUGAGGGCGACACACCCAUCUACAUUGCAAAUAUCAAUCCUCAGGGACCUGUUGGUAGAUGUCGCAACAUUAAGAAAGGGGAUGUGUUGCUGUCAGUUAAUGGGCAGUCACUGCUGGGGCUGACCCAUGGACAAGCAGUAGCACUUUUGAAAGCGACAGCAGAGCUGGCAGGUGUUACACUGUCUCUACUGGAUGGUCCUGAGACAUCUGUAGGUUCUGCUAACUUUGUACCAUCUUGGCUGUACUGGCAAAAGCUGCCACGUUCCCUGCAUAUAUCUAAGAGCGUUGUGCUUCACCGGGCUCCUGGUGCUUCCCUUGGCUUCAGCAUAGUUGGCGGGUCUGACCCCCAGCGUGGUGCUGAACCCAUCCACGUCCUCUUCGUGGUUCAGUCGUCCCCAGCUGCACUUGAGGGCAAACUGCGUUGUGGUGAUCGACUGCUCUCAGUCGAUGGUCACUCACUGGAACUAGUUCGUCAUGCAUCUGCUGUAAGCCUUUUGAAACAAGCAGGGCAGAGAGUCAACCUUGAAGUAGUUUCCUGGCUUGGUACAGAACUGUGACCUACAUUGUUAAUGGUUCUCUCAAUAAAUAUCCUUUUGUUUAUGCCCAUAUCAAACACAUAAAUGGUAUUUGACAUCAAAAUGGUCAUCACAUGCCUUUUUUAUUAUACAAAAUAAUCACAAAACAUAUAAACAAUGUUUAGUUAAUUUGAAAAUUAUAAUCACAGAGGUAUGGUGGGUAAAAUGAUGAUACUUAAGAAAAAAUGAGGGAACACCAUUUUUUGAGAGCAUAGGUUAUUUUGUUAUCCAAGUUAUAUCAUGACUAUUAGCCACAGUAUGGCAAAGCUUUUGUAAGACCUGCUCUUGGAGUAAGUAAUACUUAGAAAAGUGUACUUAUUUUUCACAAGCACUUUUUUAUGAAGCUCAAAAUCACAUUAUGAUUUCCCUUGUCGCCUGUGAGUUCAAAGACAAUUCACAAUAUUUGUUUAAUCAACAGCCAUCACAAGAUGGAGUGAACCACAAAAGUACAGUAAUAAUUGAACAAACUUCAACAUGUAAUUUACACUGACUGUUUACACAGUGAGAGGCAGCACACACACCAGCAGAUAUAAGUUAAGAUGCAUUUGUAUUGGAAGUCAUCAUCAUAAUUCACACUAAUAUUUUGUAUUAAGGAUCUGUAAUGUUAGUCUUUGUAAGUAUGAACAACUGAAAUUACUACAGAACUGUACAGUUGUAUACAAAAAUAAUUUGGUGGGAAACUGUAAAACAGUAAUGUUAUUGAUGGCAAGUGAGGGAGUCCAUGGAAAGAUCCUGUACAACAUUUCUUUUUUCAAGAAUUUUGUCAUUCUGCCCACAGAUCUGAGUUAUUGUGUUAAAAUUCUUCAGUUGACAAACAUGUAGUAAAAUCAUCUCAUCUUCCAGUGUAGAGAAAAUUCAGAUACAGUAUAUUGAUGUGUUGUACAGGGUAUUUCUGUCCAAAUGCCAAAGUUAAAAUUUGUAUGAUUAGAUUAGGGAAAAUCAUGCUAAAAAGAUAUAACUGCCUCAGAUGUUUCUUGCGUUAGAUUUACAUUGUUAAAACAUCAACCAGGUUGUGAAGUGAGUUGAACCAUCAAUAGUGACACAUUUCACCGUCGAUAUACUGUACUUUGAACUUUUUUAUUGAACAGUCACAUGGCAGACUCAUUAAAAUGUCAGCUUCCUUUGAAACCAUUUCUACAGGGAAUAAUCCAUAAUUUCUAUGAAACGAAGCUUUUUUGCAGUUUUUAAGGAUACCUUAUUAUUGUAUGUUAUUGCUAAAGUCAUAUUUAUAUUACAAUAUCAUUUCAUCAAUAGCACAAGGUAAAUUCAUAAGAAUUGCCACUUUAUGUGAUUACGAUGCAAUCAAAUUAUGAAUUAACUGAAAUGCGAACAAAGGAAUAUAAAAGAGACAUAUUAUAUACAUAACCUUAAAAUCUAAACUGAUAUAAUGUUAUGAAUGUACACUUUUCAUGUUACUAUGGAAUAGCAACAGUACUGGUCAGAAAACAUAAGGGUAUUGUUAUUAACAUUUACAGGGCUGCCCCCUAAAGUUCACUAGCAUUCUGUCAUUGCAACUGACUUUUCUUCAACAUCUGUAGUGUGGGUCCUCAGCUUCCCUGGGAGAACAGAUGCCAUAUCCCAACAUUCUAAGACAUUUAUUAUGAACAAAUUUAACUUUUUAUAUUUCAAUUUUUAAUCGAUCAUAUUUCAGUAACUCCUCACAUACCUGUAUAUCAUUUUAUAUUUGUACACUGCAGACAAGCUUCUCUGUCUUCUGAUAAUGCUUAUUUAGUGCAGCUCAUCCAUCACUCAGUAAAAUCAUGAGAAAUUUUAUGUUAGGUGCUAAUGAAGUUUAAAGGACAGGCUUUGAAAUAUUAAAUACACAACCCUACUUGUAGAAGUAGAUACUAGUUUACCCUUCAUCUAUAGUCGAAAACCAUUUUGACAACUUCCGAAUAUCUCAUAGUCGAGAACACCGUAUAUUACCUGACAUACAUAUGUUAAUGAUAAUUACAUUAAUUAUUGUGUUAAUGAAGAAUUAUGACUGCUUUUACAUAGCUGGGUAUAAGGAUCAUUUUCAUUUAUUGAAAAAAAAUUCGUUUUGUGACUUGCAGAGUACAUGACUGUGUUUGCAACUUUAGCACAAUUGAAGAUGGGUCAUGGUGAAUCAAAGGUUUUAUGGGGUAAUUAUUGUAUUAAUUAUACAUGAAAAUCAACAAUGUUGCUGUUAAUUUGACCAUGACAUUUCCUGCUCAUAAUUCUGCAAUUGCACAUUUUUGUAGUCUGUUGUGGACAUGUUAAUUUAAACAACUUACCGGUAAAUGACUUACUGGGGUAUAUAGCUGAAGUGUUUGUUACUUAUUUAUGGAAUUUUAACUAUUUAUUCUAAUGAUAGCACGAUACAGCAUUCUUUGAGACUCAUUCUCCAGAUGAAAUAUUAACAUUCAUCUUAACAUACUGCUGUCAUGCUUGAUUUCUUUAAGUUUAUUUUUCACAGUUUUAUUCUUAAAGGAAUAUUCUGUGCACUAGUGUUAAAAUUUUGACACACGAAUAUUAUCAGAUAUUAUUUUAUGUGUUUUAAUGAAAAUUAUAUGCAGGGGGUAUAUAUCUAUCUAUAAUUACAUACAUGUACUAAUCAAAUAAAAAAAAUAUUUCCAAAGAACUUAAAAAGAUUUGUAAAAUAAAAUAAGUACUGUACAGGCAGUCCCUGAUUUAAGAGAAUUCAUUUUCCGUAAAUUCAAUCCCAUUUUCCCACCAUAAAAGUUGUGAUAUGUUCCUAAAGAAAAAGAAGAUAAUUCUUAAACUGGCGGAAAAAAUUAUUACAAGCCAGUAAUAAACAUAGUAAGUGAAUUGCAAGCAGUACAGUAAUAAUUUUACACUUAUGAGAACUCACAGUGCUCGAAACUGUGCCACUAAUUGUUAUGUACAGUAGUAAGAGACUGUGAGACCCAGCCAAGUCAUAUGGUUGUACAUUAGUGAUGUAUCAAGAAUAAGUCUACUGCACUGUGUGUACAACAUUUUGGGAUGUUUUGCUUUCACUGGAUUUGAUUUUUAAUGAAGUUUUAUUUAAACAAGAAAUGCUAAACUUAUCUACGUAUUUAACAUUUUAUUCUUUCCACUGACAUCAAAUCAAACUCUGAGAUACUAAGCACAUCAACAUUGCCAGUCAAAAUACUUAAAGAGUCGGUGACUUGCCACUGCUUCGCCCAGUGAUCCUGUGAGCCAUGAUAACUAAAACAAUAGGUGUACAGUAGAACGUCGAUUUAAAGUGAUUCAAUUUAAGAUUAUUGAUUUAAAGAGACACCCACAAUUAAGGACAAUGUUAUAAUUUUAAGUGAAUCUUUCCUAUUUUGCGCGAGUCAAUCUGGAGCAUCAUAUUUAAAAUUUUGCGCCUAAUGUUUCUCUGGGCACGCUACACUGCCCUGAGGGUAAAGCUGUACUGUACAUGUACUCAAAAUAAUGUACUAAAUGAUUACUCAAAUUUUUGUCUAGCGCAAAAACUUGAUAUGAUGAUGAUUAAUAACACCGACGUCCAUCACCGUAGUAUUGACAUCUUACUGUGGUACAAUGAGUACCGAUCAAAACAACAACAACUUGGUAACAAAAUAUCAACAAGGACGGUGCUACCAUGUUGAGUUUACAGUAUUUUAACCUCACCUUUAGAACACUAAGCUACGUAUUAGGUUUACCUACCAGAAUUAUCAUUGAAAAUUUAUUUCAUUUAUACAGACUUAUUAUAUCAUGUUCCAUAUUUGUAGGAGUAGAUAUUAAAUGCUUAACUAUAUUAAAAAGUAUUUCCAAAAUAUUCCCUGCUGAAAUUGGGGGUACGUCUUAUAUGCCAUAUAAUACGGUACAGUAUGUUAUUAUUAGCUUAGUUACCCACACUAAAUACAGUACAAUACAAUACUGUAUAUUUUCAGUUUAAUUGUCUUUAUAAACUCACCAGGUACGGUACAGAAAGACCUGAGAUGCCUGUGUCAGCAUCUCAGCAUCUUCCAAUACUGCAAAAUAAUUAUGGAAAACUAUAAAAUUUUGAAACUUCAUAUUUUUCUUAUGUAAUUUAAAAACUGGGAUUUUUUUCAUAGCUUUGUUUUUCAUAGACCGGAUCUUCAUAAAUCAUGGACUGCCUGUACUGUAUAUUUGUGAUAUUACAAAAAAUAAAAAAAAUAAAGCAGAACUGUGAUUCUGAACUAUUUGUUGUGAGAGUAAUUUUACAUAUAUAGUGUAAAACAUAUUGAUAUAAUUAUGACAAUUUCCUUGAUUUAGAAUAUGUAGUCAAUAAAUGAUAGAGUUGUAUUAAAGAUAACCAAUUUACUUGUUUGCUCCUUUAAUCAGUAUUUUAAAUUUAAGAAACUGUACGAUGAUAAUCUACUCUAGAAAAAUAGUAAACAUGAUGGUAUACUAGAAAUACCAGGUAAUAGCAGGUGUAUUGAUAAGUUGUUAGGGGAAGUUAGUGAGACUUAGUCCCAUAAGAUGACUACACUACUUAAAAUUAUCUUUAGGCUACAGACAUACAGUACAGUAUAGCUAUGGGAUAUUCUCUUGUUCCUUAAUCUGAUAUUUUGACUCUGAUAAAGUGUAACUAUUUCAAAUGAGUUGUGUAAUGAGAGUAAUCCAGUGUGAGUGUGUCUGCUCCAUGGUGAAAUGUGAAUCUGAUGACUAAGCCUUGUGGUGCAUGGGAAAACAUGAGUGCGCCUCCUACCAAGAGUGGAGACGAGCAUCGAGUGACCGUUCACGUGCAGUCACGCUCAGGAGUCUGAUUAUAAAAAGCAAAUGAUCAGUCCACAAAAUGUCAAGGAUAAAUGAAGCAAUGUUAACCAUGACCACACUGAUGUUGACAUGACAAAAUUAACAUUGCUUAAAUUACCAUAACAGUUUAUCAAUGUGCAGCUGAUGAAGUAAGGACAAAAUAGAGUAAGAAUUUGUACGAGUGCAAGCUAAGGUUGGUGGAGGUGCAGGGCAUAUGAACCUCACAUGGUAGCUGUGACUGCAGAUCUUAACACAGGCCUUGACUAAUUAAAUGAUAGCACGAGUGAUAAAUAUUUUGUACUCCAGUGUAUAAACAACAAUAAAUAAUGAUUUUUAUUGAAAA